AUCUUCGCCACCAGCGUUGAUAUCUUCUACAUCCGUUGUGUGCUCUGCUCACUUAGUGUUGACUGUUGUGCCGUCGUUUGUUUACCUACGGUCCUCAUGUAGUAUAAGCACCUGAAAAAAAGGGGUGGUGGUAAUUUUGUGUUUGUUGUUCAUUAAAACAAUAAAAUAAAAUAGUGUCUUCGAAGGUCUCAAUAUUUUUGUACUCACCAAUUAAAGUUUUAAUCUUGUUCAUACCGUCGAGGACAAAAUAUUUAGUUUUCGUGAACGUUUUUAAAAUAAUUUUUUGUAACCGUUACAUCCAUAAAGUAAAUCAGGACAUUACUCAAUGGAAUAACACAAUUAUGAGUAAUGAGGGAAGAGGAUUUGGAAAUAGCGUUAAAAGUGGUUAUAGUAGGAAAUGGAGCAGUUGGAAAAUCGAGUAUGAUCCAGCGUUAUUGCAGAGGAACAUUUACUCGGGACUAUAAGAAAACAAUUGGUGUCGAUUUUUUGGAAAGGCAAAUAGAAUGUAAUGGAGAAGACGUCAGGCUUAUGUUGUGGGACACAGCCGGCCAAGAAGAAUUCGACGCCAUUACAAAAGCAUAUUAUAGAGGCGCCCAAGCGUGUGUAUUAGCAUUUUCCACUACGGACAGGGAUUCAUUCGAAGCAAUUCAUUCUUGGAAAAUAAAGGUAGAAGAUGAAUGUGGAAAAAUACCAACGGUAAUAGUUCAAAACAAAGUUGACCUAAUAGAACGCAGUACGGUCGAUCCACAAGAAGUUGAAAUUCUUGCACGAUCCUUAGGAUGUAAAUUAAUUCGCACAUCAGUCAAAGAUGAUGUAAAUGUCAACAAUGUAUUCAGAUACUUGACUUCAAGAUGUUUAGUUGAAAUACAAAAGGAAGAACAAGAUUACAUGUCUGGAAAUGGACUACACCAAACUUACACUAUAAGUUCAUUUGGUGCUGUGCCCUACAGGAAUAAAAAUGCAUCAGCAACUAUAAAACUGAGACCUGGAAAAAUAAGACAAAAAAAGAAGAAUGUCUUUAAAAACUCUUGUGUCAUACCAUAAGCAUUAGAUGUUUGAAUUUCAGUGCUUACAUCAACACAAAAUAUACAUAUUUUUGAUAAUGUAAUAUCAUAUAUUAGGAAAAUAAACAACAUAGUUACAUAACACUUAA